AUGGUUGAUCCAUCUCUAAGAGGGCAAUACUCAAACAGGGAUCUAAUUCAGGUCAGCUUAGCUAGCGAGCUUCCUAUAGUCAAACCUUCAACAUCUAUAGCUGCUAUUGCUGCAAUGUGUGUGCAGCCAGAAGCUGAAUACCGGCCUCUAAUGGCAGAUGUUGUACCGUCUCUAAUUCCUCUGGUUAAGAACUCUGGUUAUGUUGGUUCCUCUGGCUCCUCUAGAUUUCAGAAUCAGGUAGCAAGUCCGAGGUAUUAG